AUGACUGGUCUGGAUCUCAUUUUGGGACUGGAUUGGUUAUCUAAGAAUCAUGUUUUGCUUGACUGUUCUGAGAGAUCAAUAUACUUUAUGCCGGAAGGAUCGAAAGGGCCGGUCCUGGUGAAUAGCUACUAUUUGAACUCCAUGAUAGUAAACUGUUCUGGAUAUGAAUGUCAGGGUGUUAUGCUAUUAACUGCGGGUGUUUUGGGAGAUGAACAAAGCUUAGAGCAAAUUCCGGUUGUUUGUGAAUUUCCUGAGGUGUUUUUGGAUGACAUUGAUGAAUUCCCUCCUAAUCGAGAGGUCGAGUUUGCGAUUGAGUUGGUGCCUGGGGCAGGUCCAAUCUCGAGUGCUCCUUAUAGGAUGUCACCUUUAGAGAUGGUCGAGGUUAAGGAUUAG